AUGGAAACCACUACAGUACCAACGUUCUUAUCGGAGGAUGGACUACCGUACGGCAUGCCAAGCGGAGCAAGCCCCGAGCUGCACCCUAGCACUCCUUUCGGUAAUCCUCCGGUGAUUCAGACUACGGUCGAAGCGGACCUUUUGGCUCAAAUGACUUCCCUUCGGAAGGAAAUGGCCAAGCUUCAAGAAAAUAACAAACUCCUCUCGUCCAAAGUAGACGAAACCCAGCGGCUGCUUAAUCAGCAGGAAACGCAGAAUAUUCAAGCUACAGAACCUUUCCAAAGUCUGCAGACCCCCAGUCGGCAGAAGAAAGGGAAGAAGGGGGCAAAGGCAACGCCUGAGCCUUCCAAACAGCUGGUAGUCCCGGCUCCAUGGGACCAGCCUCACGUACCAAAGAAGGUCUACACCAAGUGUCGCCAUCGGAUCAACGACAAGGGGGUCGAACGGCAGAGGUCCCCAAUCAGGAUCAAUGCUGGCCUGCGAGAGUCACGGAUGAGGGUCCUUAGAAACAAAUCACCCCUUAGGAAGGUCCAAGGGUCGGAGUCGGAGGUAGAAUCUGAUGUUGAGUAUGCCCCUCCAAGGGCACCGAAUCAAACUACCAUUCGGAAACUCCCACGGAGUAUUCGAAGGCAAGACCACCAAGUCCGAGGAGAACUUCCGAAGACUACAGUUCUGAGGAGGUCCCAAGCUGAGAACCCGCUAUCCGUCUGCUCUUCCAGAGAAUUCAGAAGAUGGAAGACGACCGAACCCGGUCCUAGGAACCUGACUGGGGGAAACUUCGGCCGGGACCCUUUACCGAGGGAGGUACAGCCGUUGCGCAUACCGUUUUACACCGGCGUGGAAGACCCCUUGACGCAGCUUCACUAUUUCUAA